AUGGAUAAAAAAAUGAAAACCAAAAUAAAAAAGAAGGAAAUUUUUGAGAAGAAGAAAAAAGAAAAUAAAAAAUUCUUAAACUAUGUAAAAACAAACCAAAAAUAUGAGAAUUUUCAAAAGGCAAUUUUAAAUAGCAAGAAUCAAAAAAUUAAUCAUAAUAUUAAAAAACUACACGAUACUACAAUUAAAAAUAAAGACAUUCCAAGUAACAAUAUUAAAGUACAUGAUCAAAUAAUAGAGCCAAAUACAUUUUCAAAGGCAUAUAAUUUUAUAUUUGAUAAAGUAAUAAAUUCCCAGGCUGCAAACACACCUAUCGAUACCCAUAUGCUAUAUUGUAAUUUUGAUUUAUCUAUGAGCUAUAAUAUAGGAAAAUCAUACAACUUCCCAAUAAAUUUAAUUCAUUCAUACUAUUCGGAUGUAAUCAUAUUAGUAUCCGAAAAUGCCGAUAAGUGGAAGAAUAUGGUUAUUGAAAAUAAAUUAAAAAGAGUCAAAAAGGUCAUAACUUAUGAUAAACUUGAAGAUGUAUACUAUAAGAACGAUUUAUUAAACGACCUUGUUAAAAGAUUCGAUUUAUACAUAUUUGAUUCAUCUGCUAAAGCAAAAAAAUAUGGCAACUUGAUAUCAAAAAUAAAAAAAUAUAACAAAACAUAUACAACCGUACAAAUAAGCGAGGAUAAUUUUGUCGACACAAUUGAUAGAGUUAUUCGUAGGACAUACACAGAUCUAAACAAAGGAUCAACACAUUCCGUUCCCAUUGGUUAUCUUACUUUAGGAAAAGACAACUUAUAUGAUAACAUAAAGGAGUCAGCAAAAAUUAUGCUUCAAUUUUAUGAACAAAAAAAAAUAUCAGUAAUAUCCAUAAACUUGAGAUAUAUAAAUAUGACUAUCCCUGUAUAUAUACAAGCUUUAAAAGACGGUACAUUAUCAGAAAGCUAUUAA